ACGGUCUCAAACUCUGAAACUCGUAUGCCCGGUUCAUUUCUUUUCAUUUUCCCUCGAAUACAGCCUCCUAGGGUUUCAAAUGUGUGUUAAUCCUGCUUAAUCAUCGUCUUCUUCUUCUAAAUCAACAGCAUUUGGUUUCUUUUCGGAUCUUCCAGAUUCUAACAGUCAAAUAGGGACCCUAAUUGGAACUGUUAUCUAGCAUGGCGGUGAUGGAGCAGUGGGGGCGUAGCAAGAGCGUCGCGAAACGCUCGAAGAAGUAUUUGGAAGAAGCCUUGUACAAGAAGCUCUUCAAGGAAGGAAGUUCAGAGGUGAGCGUUCGACGGCAGUUGAAUGACUUUCUCAAAAGCUCCAAAAGAGUCUACAAAUGGGAGGUUGGCGACUCCAUCAAGAAGCUUCGCCAGCGCAACAGAUUUUACCCUGCUCUUAAGCUUUCAGAAGCAAUGGGAAGAAGAGGCAUGAACAAGACAGUCAGUGACCAAGCAAUUCAUCUUGACCUUGUUGCAAAAACUCGAGGAAUCGUUGAUUCAGAAAAUUACUUUAUUGAUCUUCCUGAAACAUCAAAGAACCAUCUCACGUAUGGGGCACUUCUCAACUGCUAUUGCAAAGAAUUAAUGACUGAAAAAGCAGAAGCUGUAAUGGAAAAGAUGAAAGAACUCAAGCUUGCUUUAAGCUCCAUGCCUUAUAACAGCCUCAUGACCCUCUACACAAAAAUUGGCCAGCCAGAGAGGAUCCCAUCUGUCAUACAAGAAAUGAAAGCAUGUGAUGUCAUGCUGGACACCUUCACUUACAAUAUCUGGAUGAGGUCUCUUGCCGCCGUCAAUGAUAUUUCUGGAGUUGAGAGGGUUAUUGAAGAGAUGAAGAGGGAUGGCCGAGUUGCUGGGGAUUGGACAACGUACAGUAAUUUAGCAUCAAUUUAUGUUGAUGCUGGCUUGUUUGAGAAGGCAGAAAAGGCACUCAAGGAACUGGAGAAGAAAAAUGCAUGCUGUGAUCUUUCUGCUUUCCAGUUCCUAAUUACGUUGUAUGGGCGAACAGGGAAUUUGCUUGAAGUUUAUCGAGUAUGGCGUUCUUUGAGGCUGGCUUUCCCUAAAACUGCAAACAUAAGCUAUUUGAAUAUGAUCCAGGUGUUGGUUAACUUGAAGGAUUUACCAGGUGCUGAGAAAUGUUUCAGGGAAUGGCUAUCUGGGUACUCAACAUAUGAUAUUCGGAUUGUCAAUGUCCUCAUUGGAGCUUAUGCAAAAGACGGUUUGUUAGAGAUGGCUGAGAAGCUGAGGGAGCAGGCCCGGAGGAGUGGGGCCAAGCCUAAUGCUAAAACUUGGGAGAUCUUUUUGGAUUAUCAUUUGAGAAAUGAAGAAAUUAAUUCGGCAGUUGAUUGUGUUGCAAAUGCAAUCUCUUGUGGCACCUCAGAUGGUGGAAAGUGGGUACCAUCACCUGAGAUUAUUGAGACUCUGAUGAAGCAUUUUGAACAAGAGAAGGACGUGGAGGGUGCAGAAGGUUUUGUGGAGAAUUUGAAAACAGUUAUGGACAUCCUAGAGGUGGAAGUUUUUGAAUCGCUGAUAAGAACAUAUGCUGCCGCUGGGAGGACAAGCCCCAUAAUGCGUCGCAGGCUGAAGAUGGAGAAUGUAGAGGUCAGUGAGGAAGUUGACAAAUUGCUUGAUAUGGUGUGCAUGGAGUGAAAAUUAUUCACCAGACAGGCCCCAUAAUGCGUCGCAGGCUGAAGAUGGAGAAUGUAGAAGUCAGUGAGGAAGUUCACAGAUUGUUUGAGGUAGUAAGCAUGGAGUGGGUGAAAAUUAUUCACUGCUCAUUUUUUCUCAAAGUUCUCGUGUUAAAAGUGGUUUUUUAAUGCAAGUUUUGAUCCUGCCCUAUUAUGCCUCCCAUUUGUACUUUUUUGGGUCUUGAGUUGACAAGCAUGUUACCUCUAGAAGACCAUUCCUCGUGCUGCUUAGUUUGUACGGGUACAUUUUUCAUAAAUAUGCUUUGACUGCCUA